ACAGCACUGAAAUUCAAAUGUUGAACUGAUCUGUUUGUUAAAGAAAAGGAGGAACGAAUCGAGGCGUCUGGAGAAACGACGGCUGAGAAGCUGUCCGCGUUUGGUGAAUUAGGAUAGAUAAACGACGAUUAUUCAAUAUUGCUAAGUCAAUAGAUUUUAACAAAGAUAAACUCUUAUCGCAAUGGAUCCGUUUACCGAGAAACUCCUGGAGAGGACCCGUGCUCGCAGGGAGAACCUGCAGAAGAAGAUGGCAGAGAGGCCCACUGCUGCUAACAGACAGAUGGCCAAGCGAGCUAGGGAGCCUCUGGCUGAGACCCGCAACAGCCUGGUCACAGAGGCUGUCAUCGAAAAAGCCCCCCACCCGUCCACCAAGCCCUCUCCCUCAAAGCGGAGUCGUUCAGGUGAACUUGGUCAGCCCACCAUUAUUGGUGAGGAGAACAGGGAGCCUUCGAUGACUCCUCACACUCUGACAGACCCCCAGACUGACCGGAAGCCCCCAACAGGCCCAGCCAGCAUCCGCUCUUCUCUGGAGAGGGUGGCUGUCCGCGCUCCCGUUCCUGAACCAGAGCCCAUGGUGGCAGCACAGCUUGUCCCAGAGCAGGUCAAGUCCAGGGAGGUAGCACGCCCUGCCCCAGAACCAGAGAAGGUAGCUGUGAGUGCUGCUCCACAGCCACAGAGGACCAGGAAUGUGGAGGUGGUCCCUGCUAGCCCGGUUCUUCAGAGGAACAGAGAAGAGCAGAGGGAGGCUCCCACCUCCUCUACCCCUGCUGCCAUGAAGUCUCGCCUGGCCAGACUGGCUGAACAGAGGCAGUACUGGGACGCUGAAGGUACCUCUGAGGUUCCAGACAUCCCAGCAGCUCUGUCCCCAGUAAAGAGCCAGACCCAACUAAGGCAGGCUGCGGCCCCGAUCCCCGCACCCGUCCCUGCUGCUGCGUCCUCAGAAGCCCCCAUGGGCCGGAAGGGUCGACUGGCCAACCUCGCUGCCAGCAUUGGGUCCUGGGAGGACGACCUCGGCCAUGUGGCCCCUCGCAGCAGAGACAAUGCACAAGGGAAGCCUGGUAGUUUCAGUACCGUCACCCCUGCUUGGAGGAGAGAGGCUGGUGCUGGAGCCAAACCCAUCUCUGCUGCUGCAGACCGGACACAAAUGAGUCAGACAUCAAACAGCAAGCCUGUUCUGGACUCCAACCAGCAGCCUUUCAACUCCACCAAAGCGGUUCCCCCCAGCCCACAGAAGACUGAAGUACCUGAAGCCAGACCAGCUCGACAGACAGGCAGAGGUCUCCCCUCUCCUGUAUCCAGUCUCCAGAGGAGUUACCAGGGGAGAGCCUCAGCCUUCACCCCCAGCCCCCAGAAAGGUGCUCCCUCCUCAGCCUCACCUGUGCCUCAGAGCCCUCUGAAGAACCAGGCCCUGUCCCGAGCCCUGGAGGUCAAUGCUAGCCCCAAGAAUCCCGAGCUCCCCACCAAGCCCUCUAACACUGGGCCCUCUGUCCUGCAGACCAGGGAGAGGUUCACCAAUGAGACUUCCCCGGCCACUCCCCUGCAGCAGAGAGGCGUCACAGGAGCAACUGGAACUCCAGGUGUCAAGUCGUUCAUGGAGCGUUUUGGGGAGAGGUGCCAGGAGCGCUCCGGCCUGAGUUCCGCUGAUACCAGCCAUGGAGCUGCCGCUCGUACCCCGACCGUAGUGAACCCGUCUGGGGCAGGCCUUGCUGGUCGUACCCCUGUGGUGAGCCAGUCUGGGACCCCCAACACCAGGCUGGUGCAGGAGACGCUGAGAGCUGCCCAGGUUGCCAACACCACCACCGCUGACCUCGCGCAGAAACAGAAACUGGAGCGUGAGUCGGAACUGGCUCAUAUUCGUAACCGCUUCCAGAAAGGGAACAACAUUUGGAAGAACAAGGAUGAAGAGGCAGACGCCAAGAGAAACACAGAGGCCAAGGAUCUGAUUGAGCAGCCUGGGGAGAGACGGCCUGUUGUCUCCCAGCCUGAUGCUGAGCCAACAGCUUCCCCUCUGGAUAGCCUGAAUGCAGCACCCAAGAAACCCAAUGUACCUGCUGCCACCACCCCAACCUCUAGCCCUGUGAAGCGAGUAGAAUUCUCAGUGGAGGAAUCAGACGAAGAGAGUCAUGAGAUAGAGGUGAAUGUGGACCAGUCCAUCAACUCUGAUGUGAUCAACGGGAUCUUUGACGGGGUCCAUGACCAGAGCGAGGUGCAGAGUGGUGAGGAGGAAGAGACAUUGAACAUUUCCUCUAUGUCCAUCCUGGCCCCCUUCUCUGAGACUGUGGCUGCUGUGGUCAAGAGCCCAGUGAGGAAGAUGAUGACGUCAACCCCAGCCAGUUCGUUCAACGCUAAGAGCCAGACUCCUGACAGUGUUUCCAGACCCAGUAAGUUCCAGAGGGCUCACAUGCUCCGGGCCGGGUCAUCAGACAGCCUAGAAGAGACAGACGAACAUGAUGGCCACAACCUGCCCUACAGUAUUGAUGCGUACAGGUCGACCAGGAUCAAGGAUAGUACGGAGAGGCCUCGUGUGAAGCAGGUCAUCGUGAGGAAGGAGGAUAUGUCUCGUAGAGCAGCAGAGGAACCCAGGAGCCAAGGACACACCAGCAUCAAACAGAAGAUGAAGGUUCUGACCAAUGAGAUGAACCUGCAGCAGACCGUGAUCAGCCAGGCCAGCCAAGCUCUGAACUGCUGUACGGAUGAGGAGCAUGGGAAAGGCUCGCAGGUGGAGGCAGAGGCUGAGAGGCUGCUGCUUAUAGCCACGGAGAAGCGGGGGGCUCUGAAGGUGGAGCUAGACCGUCUGAAGGGAGAGGGUCCUAGUGGUCAGAGGAGGAGGCAGGGUGGGGACAUGGGGGUUACAGCCUCCAAGGGAUCCAUCUCCCUCCUGGAGCUACGACUGCCCCUCAAAGCUGACUUUGUCUGCUCCACUGCUAACAAUCCAGAGUCGUCCAGCCAUUACUUCUUCAUCAUGAUCCGUGCUGGAGCUGAGAAUACAGUUGCUACUCCCCUGGCCAGCACACGUAGCGCUAUCAGUGGAGACGCAAUCACCUUCUCUACCAAGUUCACCAUGCCUGAUGUCUCUAACGACUUUGCAAUUGAUAUUGAGGUUUACUGCCUGGUGCAGAAGCGUGAGUUGAACCCUGACAAGAGGAAGAAGCCCAGCAAGUCAAAGGCCAUCACUCCCAAGAGGUUCCUCGCCAUUACUAAGAGCAGUCUGACUCCAGUGGUGGCCAGUCCUGGGGGCCCAAAUGCAGUCCGCACCAGUAACUUUGUCCUGGUCGGGUCUCACAAGCUAAUGCUAGCCUCUAUUGGGAAAAACAAGUUCUCAUUGGAGAAGAUCAAAUAUGAAGGCAUUGAGAGAGAGCUUCUCAGAGACAUGUUUCACAGCAAGGUGCCUUUCCUGUGCCCCUUGGAGGGACACAUCUACCUGAAGAUGCAGUGUGAGGUGGGCUCCUUGGUGGAGGAGAGAGGCUUCUUGACGAUGUUUGAGGAUGUGAGUGGGUUCGGAGCGUGGCACAGGAGAUGGUGUGUCCUGUCAGGAUACUGUAUCUCCUACUGGACCUACCCUGAUGAUGAGAAACGCAAGAACCCAAUGGGUCGCAUCAACUUGGCCAACUGCACCAGUCGUAAGGUGGAGCCAGCCAACAGGGAGUUCUGUGCCCGGCCCAACACCUUUGAGCUGAUCACUGUCCGGCCUCAGCGAGAGAAUGACAGAGAGACGCUCGUCAGCCAGUGUAAAAACACAAUGUGUGUCACCAAGAACUGGCUGUGUGCCGACACCAAGGACGAGAGGAACCUGUGGAUGCAGAAGCUCAACCAGAUCCUAGUGGACUUGCGCAUGUGGCAGCCAGAUUCCUGCUACAGGCCUGUGUGAGCACAGCACCCCUGCCUAGACUGGAGGGCUAACACCCUGCAUGGCUCUGGGUCUCUCAUAUGGACUGUCACUAUCAGUGACACUUACGAUGACUAAAGUGCAAUACAGUAUGAAAGUUAUUGAAUAAGAUUUACAGGUGGAUGGUAUUUUUAGAGGUGCUUUAGUGGACAGUCAAGACAGUUUAAGUCCAGGGUGGGCAACUGGCGGAUCAAUCCCCCACCCAACUCAGUCAGGGUCUCAACUUACUGUUGAGAAUUAUAGUAGACACUACAAGGUGUAAUUUGGUUGUGAAUCAGCUGUUUUUCUCUUGUCAGUCACUGACAGUCACUCAAUUAGCCCAUGUCAGCUAACAUUUUUUAGAUUGGUUGGUAAGUUAGUCUAGCCAGCUAUCUAAACUUGGAGUAAUCAUACUCGAAUUACAGUCUGGGGGGGCAUUGAUUUUGUUAGUCACUCAUAUCAUAUUAACUGCAAAUAUUUCUCUCCGCCCAUGGCAAAAUGUGUAGAAUUGCUGGAAAUUAACAAACAUUUUCUCUCUGCUGUCGAGGGCCGCUAAAAUGUUUUCCUCGCAAGGUCGCUGCAUGUGGUUAUGGAUGUGGUAUGCAGACCCGCAAGCUACUGUGGCCCCUCGUGAUGAGUUCAGAUUUUGUGGCCACCACCCCCAUCAAAGAUGCCCAUCCCUGGUUUAAGUUAUGAGUGUGAGAGAUAUAUCAAUAAAGCCAUACUUUAGUAUAUAUUACAGUAUUGACAAGGGCUGCUGUUGCUUUUACACAGUCCAUACUGACCCUGUAUUUUAUAUGCAUUUCCAAAGUGUUGGGAGGUCAUAAUCGUAUUUGAGAGAAUUUUGAGAUGGUUGCAUUUUAGUUUUCUAUGCUGUUACUAAUAUGAUACAUCCUGCUGACGAGAUAUUAUACGGCUUUAUAGGUUGAAUCGGUUUUAUUAAAUAUUUAACUUGAUGUGUCACAACCAAUUCUAGAAUAAUCUGCGUCAGUGCCAAGGUGAUGCACCAGAAUUUUCUCACAAUAUGCAUACGUGUGAAUGCUCCACUUUUUCAUAGUAUUGGGAGAAUGGCAUGAUUCAAAGCACUGUUGAACAACCAUAACACUGAGGUUUUUAGAUUUAGCCACACACUUCUCCAUUCCAAUACCCUUUAUAUAUUCCCUUUGCAAUCUAAGCUAUAGUUAAUCUUUAUAUUUAUCAUGUUGCGCACUGUGGGUAGAAACUUCUAGGCGGUCAAUGAGACUACCGAACAAGAAAAACCUUAAUAUUGUUUUUUUAUGUAAAUGUUUUAUAUUUUUGUGUACAUGUUUUAAAUGGUUACAGGUCAGCAGAUACGAGUAUGUUUUACCACCAUUAUACUGUAAUGGUAAACUUUGACAGUUGAGGUUAUUGCAAAUCCUUUUUAUAUGGGCAGAUUUCUAUUCUCAUUAUAGUAUAGCUAUACACUCUCAUUAACGGCAAAGCUUAUUCUCAGUCCAUGUUUUAAGCAUGCGCUUUGAGGACUGAGUGUGCUUUUACGGGGAUGUUUUGGGGGGAUAAUAUGCCUAAUCUACCCAUGAAUUAAUGCACAAAAUGUUCUUUCUCCAAAUGUUGGCAGUUCUAUUAUAUCCUCUGAUCUGUCCUGUCUAAAUGUCGGCCUUUCAUUGGAACAACAAGCACUCCAAAUAUUCCUCCGAUGUACUGGUAUUUCUGAAACUGAGACUUAAAUAAAUGCCAGCUUUAACCAAAA